CUGUUUCAUAUAAUAAAACCAAGCUAUCCGCAAAAAUACACUUCCUUUCGCAUACCCCCGUGGAACUUUGCAAAUCGCAUUUUUUGCACUGAUUAUGGAGACCGCUCGACUUGUAACCGUGGUGCUGGGUAUAGCGGGAUUGGUACUGCAUUCCACAGCACAAGACAGCCCGUAUCAACCGCCGCACCGGCAGUGCACCUACAACAACGCCACCCGCAUCCAGAAAUGCUCCGACGCCCACUUCAUCAUCCCGGAUGAGUUUGACCUUAACAAAAUCCACCACCAGGCCACCGGGCUGGAGAUCGCUUCCAGCCGUUCCGACGCCGGAAAGAGCGAGAUCCGCGUCCGCGGUCGAAUCGUCACCCUACCCAUCCUGCCGUUCCUGCACCGUGUGGCACUGCGUGGUUUCCGGCUGGCCAGCGGCGGCCGUCUGCCCAUCCAGCAGAUGUUCUACAGCAACAGAGAGCGCAUCCGCCGCUUACUUAUCCAAUCCAGUGAGAUCGGCUAUCUGGAUAAGGAUUUCUUGAAGGGCUUUAAGGCGCUGGAGAUGUUGUGGCUGGAUGAGAACGAUAUCAGCAGCGUGGAUAAGGGUACGUUUAAGGAGUGCUGCUACCAGCUGAAGAUCGUCAAUCUCAACCGGAAUCGACUGGAAGUGUUUAGUUGGGAUGCAUUCCAGUAUAUCGCUCCGUAUGUGCAGGAGAUAUAUCUGAGAAAACAGCUACCUGAUCCCACUCAACAAACCUCCAGCUUGUCCAUCCUGGAGCACAAUUCCAGCUUCGUACUGCGCUCGGUGGUCAUUGUGGACAUGGCGGAGAACGCCUUGAAGGGCCUAUCGGCCGAAGUGCUGGCGUCGCUAAACCUGACCACACUGCGCAUCUUCAACCUGAAGCACAAUCCCUUUUGUGUCGGUUACACGACGUGUUCAUGCUGUGAGAUUAAGCCGCUAACCAACUGGAUGCAGGAUGUCGUCAGAGUCAAAGAUAAAGGUCAACAUGGUUUCACUCUCGACUUCCAUUGUGGCGGUGCGGGGAUGCACAAUACUUGGUCCUUCGACAGUACGGAUUCCAAACCCGUGGCGCUGCCUGGAAUUAUUGACAAAUGUGAAUUAAUACAAAGACCCUCCGACACACCUAGUAUUCCGCGCCAGAAGAGCCCGACCGUGCAGGACGUCGUGGCGUGCGGCGACCUGGAACCAAUUCGCAGUCGCUGCAGGAAGAGCAACAUAACCACACCGCCCAACAUGGACGAAUACGAGACCAUCCAGGCGGUGUUUGAUGCCGACACCUCGCUGGACUGCCGCAAUCUGAUGCACGACGCCCACAGCCUAGCGCUGCACAUGGCUGGCAGCACUCCCAACACCACUGACCGUCUAGGCUCCGAGGACGUGGUGGUCAGCUGCCGGCGUGGGGUGGUUAGCGUCAGUAAUAGUAAUCCGGAAUACACUCUGGCUAAACGGCUGGUCUUCAACAGCGAACACAGCCUGGUGUGUUCCGGGAAACUGCAUGAAUUUCUGGAGAAGAUCGACGAGUAUUACGGUAUCCAGAACGACCCGGAGCCAGUACAGCGCCUGUUGGUGGUAGCCAAUUUUACUAACCGCGAAGAGCAAUGUUCAGACGCGCCACCCAUCCGGUUCCGCUGUGCUGCCGGGAAUAUUACGCUGCUGACGGGGCGGGCGCGACCGUUUGACCUCAGCAACGCGGUGAAGAUGGAGUACACCGCGGAUAAUGCAUUCAAGUGCCGAGAGCAUUUGAAGAACAUUCACAAAUGGCUGGUGGAUACUCAUAAACCGGCAGGAAAUAAUGAACACACCAACGGCGACACCGUGGUGGCGGUAUGCCGACAGGGAAAGGUCACGCUGUCAGAUGUGAAUUUUGAAUUUUCCCCGGCGGUUAAACUGACGUAUUAUACGCAUCCGAAUCCCACUUGCCGAAAGAUUUUUGUUGAUUUCUUGAAAUAUGUGGACGGACUGAACGCACCGAAGUAGGUGUCGCCACUACCAUUAUGGCAUAAACACUCAUAAAUACUUUUCCCAGUUUGCGUUAGCGGGAGUGUAUCUCAUCUCGAAAUCCGGGCAAUUUUUGUUGCAGUCGUGUCUAUGGCGAAAAAAGACUUUAAUGAAUGUUACCGCUGAACGAUAAAGGGUCAUUGUGUAGGUAUAGUGCAGUACUGUACAAGUUCUCGUACUGUUUCACAUUUCGUUUUUGAACUGCGGCCACUGUCAGCCAA